UGCUGUGACUUCUGUUCAUAAGAUUUGCAACGUUACCACAUCUUUUGGCUGUCUAGUAGAGAAGUUAUCUUCCCAAAAUGCACAAGUAGUGCAUCAAUGCUGUAUUUGCAUCUAGGUGACACUGUUUAGCCAAAGGUGUUGUCCUGUAAGGUUUCAUUAACAAAUGUUAAUGUUGGAAAUUAAGAUCCGACCUUGCAUGCAUGUUUCUUCAAGAAUCAAGUGUCUAGUAAAAUCUAGUUAGAGGCCGGAAUACUUUCUCAAAUUGGAUUUGGUUUGAGGAAAAAUGAAUGCUUCUUCCAGAAUCCGAGUGUCUGGUAAAAUCCCUGUUUGAGUUAGGGUAGUAGUGUCUAACGUCCCUUCAGGCAUAUACCACAAGGCUCUUCCUAGAGUAUCUUUGUUGGAAUCCUGUAAGAUUCUCUCUCCCCUCUCCCUCGCUUAGUUCUUUGGAGCGUUCCCUUAAUUUGGUAUCAAAUAUUUGUUAUGGUAUGGUUGCAAUCACGGACUCACGGGCAAUGUGGAUGAUGGUUGUGGCAAGUACAAAACCGUUACAAUGAGGUCGCAAAUUGACCUGUGACUUGACCCGAAAUAAUCCAAACCUGAAUGUGACCAAACCCAAACCUCUCUCGUGAAUGGUUUAAUUUUAAAAAUAUACUUAGCAUUAUUUUAGCCCCUCUCAAGUAAAAUCUGGUUCUACCCCCGGCUUUGUUUACAUUUAGAGUCUUUUAGAAUAACCUCUGCCGUGAGUUAGUCAUCGAAUCAUAAUCUUAGUUCAGUUAAAGAGAGCCCGAGCUUUGGCCCUUGUGAGAUGGAGAAGCAAUUAUUGAAAAAUGUUCAUUUAUUGCUACAACGAGUUGACAUUGACAGGUUACUAGAGGACACUGUAAUUCUGUAAAUGCAUUAAUUAUCAGCAUGCCAUUUCUUGGAUAACAAUAAUAUGAUCAAUCAUCAUGUCUUAGUAAUAACAAAACUCGUAGAUAUUUUCUGUCUCUUCCUACACAUAGUAAAUGGUAGAUUCCUUGUUUUGUUUGUACAAGAUCUCUCUUUAUUUUCCUUUUUUUUCUUUUGGUGCGGAUGAGCCACGCUGGCAAUCAAAUUACAGGUGGGGCUUUGAACCUGUAACGCAGUCCUUCAGUCUUAAGUACUAAGCUAAGACCUCAUUGGUAUGAGGGGCUUUGAACCUACGUACACAAUCCUUCAGUCUUAACCUCUAGGCUAAGACCUCAUUGGUACGGGAUCCCUCUUUUAUAAGUAGCUUGAAUGCGUGAGUACCCCCUCAUCUUCACGCUUCUAACUUUUAAGCUUGUUUAAUCAAUCUCAUUCCUCCAUUAUACUCGACUCCUAGAGAAGCAAUGAUUAAUUUGUUUCUACAAUUCUGGCAAAUUCUCUUUAUCUAUCCUUUCUUCCUCCCUUUCUUAAUCUCUCUAAUUUUUUUGUACAAGAGUCUCUCUACAGGUCCUGCCACUGGAAAAAACCUCCCACCCUCGCCGCCAAAGCUGCCAUUCAUAGGUAACAUUCAUCAGCUAAGUCAGUCACUUCACCGUGACUUUGUAUCAUUGUCUGAGCGAUAUGGUAAGCUUAUGUUGCUUCACAUCGGCAGCAAACCUACCCUUGUUGUCUCGUCAGUAGAUGCAGUCCGAGAAAUCACAAAGACUCAUGACUUGAUCUUCUCCAACAGGCCUAAAUCCCGUACUGCCACUAGAUUUUUCUAUGACAACAAGGAUGUGGCUUUUGCUCCUUAUGGAGAUCAUUGGAGGCAGAUGAAAAGUAUCUGCGUUAUGCAGCUCUUGAGUAACAAAAAAGUUGAAUCAUUCAGAAAAAUUAGACAAGAGGAAGUUGCUUAUGUUGUUGAAAAGAUAAGCAGAUCUCAUGCUUCAUUGGUAAAUUUGAGUGAGAUUAUUGUCACAUUCACAAAUGAUGUAAUAUGCCGGGCAGCUUUUGGUAGGAAGUAUAGCAGUAAUCAUGAAGGAGGUAUCGAUUUUAGGGAGCUUGUGAAUGAAGCCAUGGAAUUACUUCUGGUUUUUAGUCUGGGGGAGUUCAUACCUUUGCUAAGUUGGGUGGAUCGAGUUAGGGGUUUGGAUAGUCGAGUGGAAAAUGUAGCAAAAAAACUCGAUGAGUUCCUUGAAACAGUAGUACAAGAUCACCAAUCUCCUCAAAAAAGCUCUAAGAAAAGCCUUAGUUCUGAGUCUGAUGAUGAUGGGAACAACGGGAAAAACUUUGUGGACAUUUUGCUUGAAUAUCAGAGAGAAAACAAGGAUGCUCUUGAAAUGGACAGUAUCAAAGCCGUUUUAUUGAAUAUGUUUUUUGCUGGGACUGAAACGAUUUACACACUGCUAGAAUGGAUGAUGAGCGAGCUGAUUAGGCAUCCCAGAAUUAUGAAAAAAGUGCAAGAAGAAAUCAGAGAAAUUGUCGGAGGUAAAGGCCGUAGGAAGGUAUGUGAGGAUGAUUUGGAGAAACUAAACUACUUAAAAGCGGUGAUAAAGGAGGCAAUAAGGCUACACCCUCCUGCUCCUUUGUUGAUGUUUCGAGAACCAUCUCAAGAUGUCAAAAUUGAUGGUUUUGACAUAGCUAAAGGGACACAAGUGAUUAUCAAUGCAUGGGCAAUUCAGAGAGACCCAGCUAUUUGGGAAGAACCUGAGGAGUUUCGUCCCGAAAGGUUCUUAAACAGCAAUGAUACAUCAUAUGAUUUCAGGGGACAAAAUGUUCAACUUAUUCCGUUUGGAGCGGGUAGAAGGAUGUGUCCUGGAAUAUCUUUUGCGAUGGUUAAUGCCGAGCUUAUAGCUGCGAAUUUACUCUACGAGUUUGAUUGGAAGAUGCCUGGUGGAGAGGAAUGUGGGAAGUUAGAUAUGGCUGAAAGUGUAGGUAUUACAACUCACAAGCGACUUCCUCUUAUGCUUAUUGCAACUCCUUAUAAAUAAGACAUUUAUUUUAUUGUUAUUGAAUAAAAACUUGUAUUCUAGCACACUCUCAAGCUUAUUAAUCACAAUGGUCUAACGACAAAAGGCGAAUGAUGGAGACAGAAUUCGAUCA